UCUCUCUACACCUACUUCCUGUAAGCCACAGGACCUCUCUCUCUAUAAAUGGCCACAAACCAGGUCAAGCCAACCAACAUGGAGGCAGGCCCACUCUCCAUGAACAAACCCACAAAAACCUUUUUCACAUCACAGAUUAUAAUAAGGACAGUGGCCGCUGUAUCAGCAUUAUCAGCUACUCUUAUUAUGAUAACAAACAAGCAGUCAAUCUCUCUCUUUGGCCUCCAAAUCACUGCUAAAUAUACCGAUUCAUCAGCGUUCAGGUUCUUAGUUGGUGUGAAUGCUGUGGCCUUUGUAUAUUCCCUCUUAUCGCUAGCCUUUGGUUUUCUCUUGAAGUCCCCUCUAUGCAAGCCAGGAGGUCACUUAUUUUUGUUAUUCGACCUGAUAAUGGUGUGUUUGGUGAUGGCUGGUUCAUCUGCUGCAACUGCCAUUGCAUACGUGGCCAAGAAUGGAGACUCUCACACUGGUUGGGUUCCCAUAUGCGAUAAUCUCCACACCUCUUGUGAACGUGCAGGCUUCUCUAUGUUCUGCUCCUUCGCUUCUUUCUUUGCCCUCUUUCUCCUCACUUUGUUCUCUGCCUUUGGAUUACCCUACCAACUGUAACUGUAACUUGCAUUUGAAUUCUUCAUGGGAAGUUCCUUUAUUUUCAUA